GAUUUCACAUCCGGCGGCGCUGCGGUGCAGGGAGGGGAGCGGGGCGGCGGGCGCGGAGAGGAGCCGGGAAGCGAGCGGGGGACGAGGCGGCGGAGCGGCAGCAGCAGCAGCUCGGGGAGCCGGCGUGCGCACCCGCGGGCCUUCCCUCUGCGCGCAGACUUUGAAUCAGAGGCGCAGCCAUGAAAGAUCCAAGUCGCAGCAGUACUAGCCCAAGCAUCAUCAGUGAAGAUGUGAUUAUAAAUGGUCACUCUCAUGAAGAUGACAAUCCCUUUGCGGAGUACAUGUGGAUGGAAAACGAAGAGGAAUUUAACAGGCAGAUCGAAGAGGAGUUGUGGGAAGAAGAAUUUAUUGAGCGCUGUUUCCAGGAGAUGCUGGAAGAAGAGGAGGAGCACGAAUGGUUUAUUCCAGCCCGUGAUCUCCCACAAACAAUGGAUCAAAUCCAGGACCAGUUCAAUGAUCUUGUUAUCAGUGACAGCUCAUCACUGGAGGAUCUGGUGGUCAAGAGUAACCUGAAUCCAAACGCAAAGGAGUUUGUUCCCGGGGUGAAGUACUUAAAUAUUUGAGUAGACUGGGCCCUCUCUUGGUGGAUGUAGCACAAUUUCCACACUGUGAAGCCAGUAUUAGAAGAUUUAAUUGUAAAAGCUCUCUCUUCUUGUCACUGUGUUACACUUAUGCAUUGCCAAAGUUUUGUUAGUCUUGCAUGCUCAAUAAAAGUGCUGAGACUGUUAUUAAGUAAAUCUGUCAAAAGUUUAAUGGAACCAUAAUUGGGCCCUGGCUCUCUGGGAAGGAGAGGGUGAGGUAAGAAGCACCAGUCAAGUUGAGACAAAGUACCACGUUUAUAAAACCUUCUGCAGACUCUUGUCUUUUUAAACAGGACUUGGAAUUUGCUAUGGAUGGUCUGUUUUUAACUAAAGGUGUGUGAACUGGCGCUAGUUUGCACCUGAUAAUGCCUUAACUUAAAAAAAUAAAAAAUAAAAAUGAAAGGGAGGAGAUCUGAUUGUUAUGCAAAUUAGCUAACUUUCCUUUGAAGUAUCAGUAUUGUUACUAACGCUAAUUUUUUUCCCCUUAAAAAAAAAAAAACAAACAAAACCAACAAAAAACCAAACACAACUUCAUGCUCCUUUUAAAAACGGCGUGAGCUUUAACAGAAAUUUUACAGACCUGUCCAGAGUCGUAGAUCUCAGCUACCCAACUAACAACCCAGCGAUCGGAAGGAAGAAAAUGCCCUGUGCUUUGCGGUGUGUUAUCAUGUUAGAAACGUUUCGCUUCCGGAAGGACGUUAAAGGAGACGGGAGUUUUCAUCCCAAGUUUCUUCCAAGAACCCCGGAUACAUAGCGCUGCCUAUGUAACUUUAAGCGUACGACUUUAUUAUAGCUGGAUUUAACCACGAAAAAACCCCUAGCAUUAGUGAUUUGAGUGGUGCUUUUCCCUUGCUUUGUUUAAUCAUCACUACACGAUAGUCUACAGCACAACGACUUUUCGUUGGGUUUUUUUUUUUGUUUUGUUUUGUUUUUGUUUUUUUUUUUCUUUUAAUAAAGCUAGAACAGUUUUGGCUUCUUAAACUUCAUAUUCGGGUAGGUUAAGCUGCCAUACGUGUUCAGUGUGAAUAGUGUUUAAGUUGAAAAUAUUGUAAAAAAAUUAUAUUUUUUCAAAAAUAUUUAAAAAAAUAAAUAAUAGUAGAACUGA